UCAACGCGGAGCCUUGGGACAGUCAGUGUGAAAUACAUUUAGCUCAGAGCCAACUCUCACAUACCUUAAUUAGUUAACUUAAAUAAUCAAAGCAGGCUCCAAAGGACACAUUACGAUGGACAAAAUUGAAGACUUGGAGAUUUUUUUGAAAAAUGUUGACGAAAUAAGUGAGCUGGUGAUGGAUCUAAAGUCCCCCGAUGUCGAGGUCCAGCGUAAAGCACUAGAGAGAGCUGAUUGCUACGUCGCUGCCUUGGACGAACCCUGCAGCACUAAAGUCAACAAGACAAAAAACAACACAAACCCUCCACCUCAGCGUCCCUUGGAUCUGCAGAAUGAAAGUCCAGAUAAUUUCAUGAAGAUAAUGGAGAGAGAUGCUGAGGACAGGAGAGCAAGCAGAUCGGCAAAAGCAAAAAAGGCUGCCGUAUCCAAAGACAAGGGAAAUGAAGCUUAUGCUCAAAAAGACUAUGAAACUGCAGUGAAGUACUACAGUGAUGGCUUGGCUGAACUGAGGGACAUGCAGCCAUUGUACACCAACCGAGCACAAGCCCACAUCAAGCUGGGGAAGUACAAGGAGGCCAUCAGUGACUGUGAAUGGGCCCUGAAGUGUAAUGAGAGGUGCAUGAAGGCUUACCUACACAUGGGGAAAGCAUACCUGGCAUUAAAGAAGUAUAAGGAGUCCAGAAAGUGCUUUAAAAAGAUUGUGGAAAUUCAACCUGAGACGGAGAAGAUGGUGAAAGAAUACCUGACCCAGGUGGAUUUAGAAGAGGGGAGAGAGAGUCAGGAGAUGAAUGCAAGGCAAGAAUUUGACAAGGGAGAGAGGAAUAACACACGAGUGCCCCAGCUGCUGGAGAAGUUGUCAAGGCCGGGCCAGAUUCCUCUGUACUACUGUGGAGGAUUGGAGAGUCUGUCACAAGCUGUUAAUGACUGCACAGCACGGACCCUUUUUAGACUGAAUAAUGGCUUCAGUGUCAUCAGCAGCAAUGACUCGGUGAGAAGUUGUCUGUUGCAGAAAACAAAGGAUCCAGACAGCCAGGAAAUGUGUGCGUCGGCUCUAAAGUUAUGGAGGGUUGUUUGUUGUGGAAACGAUGAAAACCAGAAAAUGUUGAUGACAUUCCAACUCACCAGACAAUCCAUUGUUCAAUUGAUGACAUCAGAGAACGUUGGCGUGCAGAAAGAAUGCCUGGCAUUAAUUUGUGUGUACUCACAGACGCCACAUGGAAGACGUUUGGCCAUUGACAACCUGGAUGUGCCGAUGUUAGUGAAGAACCUCAUGGCGUGCGCCUCAAAUCCAAAGCAGCAGCACAAAGCAGCAGUCGACAUUCUAGAACACUUUGCUGCAGAAAACAAAUGUUGCGUUCAGUUAAGGGACGUGUUGACAGACUCUGUCAUCGUGCCAUUCACAACAUUACUGAGAAAUAUCAGCAAGUCCAACCGGCAUGUCCUUGGAUCGGUGAUAUCGGUUAUAGGCUGUCUGGCUCGAGAUGACGUCAUCUGCCGCAAUGUGGCUCAUGAUCUAGAAUGUUGGAAGGCUUUUGUGGUCGCCAUUAGGCAGUGCAGUGCAUCUGAAUUCAAAGAGGUAAUUUACCCCAUGCUUGGUUUGAUCAUCAACCUUUCAGCCAUCAGCUCUCCAAUCAUUCAGGGUCAAGCUGUUCCACUCUGCAGCUGCUGCUUGGGCCUGCUGAGGGACACUGAUGGAGGAGUGAUAACUAGAGCGACGGGCGUGCUGAGCACUGUCCUCCCUCAGUCCUCUCAGGCCGUUCAGCAUGUUAUUGAGGGGGGGGUGGUCCCAACCUUGCGCUUGCUGUUGAAGGGAACAGGGAAGUCUGCCACCAAGUAUGCCAUUAAGACGCUGGCAGUGUGCACUGCAGCCAGUCCGUUGGCACAGGAGGAGCUGGUGAAAUCGGAUAAAAAACUUUCUGUAUUACGCAAUUUGCUGGCUUCCAGCUGUGACGAGAUUGUGACAGGAAAUGCAGCCCUGUGCUUGGCCCACUGCCUCGGAUUGGAGGGAAUUGGCAGCACCCUGCUGGGCACAGAUAUUGUGCUGCUGCUGCUGCGCCACGCUGCAGGGGACGCUAAGAGGACAGCUGUGCGACAAAAUGCAGCCAUUGCUCUGGGGAAGCUGUGUCAAUCUGAGCCCAGACAUGUGGACAAACUUCGAGAACUUCAUGGCUUUGAGAUUCUGCAUUCCUGUAUGAAGCUUACCACAUGGACGCAGUAGCAUGUUCUAUAAUCCCCUUGAUUGUCAUCAGUCCUGAUCUCCCCUGUAGCCCGUCUGGUUUGAAGUCAUUGCAUUUCCCUUUUUCUACUCUAAUGAUUUGUUAAAACUCUGUAUUAUGGAUUACAUUUUCUUCAUGUCUUGAAAAUAUCGAAUAAUUUAAUA